AAGAAGAGGAGCAGCAGCACUUUUUUGAGCAUCAGGAGUCAAUGUCUCCGUCUCUGGCCAGAUCUGCUCCCAGCGAGCUCAACCACUGGUGGACCCAGCUGAGGUUUCGCCUUCAGAACAAAAAAGGAUGGAAUGAGAUGCUAGAUGAAACAUUUCUCUACUACACAAAAAACAUAAAUGACAUUCCUCUCUUCUACGCGGCUAAAAACAACAGCGUUGGCUGCAUCAAGAAGCUACUAAGCUGCUCUUCCACCAACAUAUUUGAGAGAGGGGCCCUCGGAGAGACGGCUCUUCACGUUGCUGUGAUGAACGACAACCUGGACGCUGCCGUGGCUCUGAUGGACGGAGCUCCUGAUCUCAUCAAUGAGCCAAUGACCUCCGAGCUUUUUCAAGGCGUUACUCCUCUCCACAUUGCUGUAGUGAAUCAGAACCUCAACCUGGUUCAUCAUCUGAUCAGCCGCGGAGGAGACGUCAUCAACCCUCGAGUCACUGGUCUGUAUUUCAGGAAGAGGAUAGGAGGACUUUUGUACUGUGGUGAACACAUCCUGUCUUUUGCUGCUUGCGCCGGUAAUGAAGACAUCAUCUCCAUGCUGAUCGACGCUGGGGCCAGCACCAGGAUCCAAGAUUAUCUAGGCAACACGCUGCUUCAUGUUUUAGUCCUGCAGCCCAACAAGACUACGGCCUGCCAGGCCAUUGACCUGAUAUUGGCCCGUGAUGUAGAGCUGGACCAGUCGGUGCCCCUUGACAUGGUGCCCAACAACCGAGGCCUCACACCUUUCAAGCUGGCUGCCAAGGAGGGAAACAUCGUGGUGUUUCAGCACCUGGUCAACAAAAGGCGUGUUGUCCAGUGGAGCCUGGGCCCGUUGAGCUCUCACCUGUACGACUUGACGGAGAUCGACUCCUGGGCCGACAACAUGUCGGUGCUGGAGGUUAUAGUGGGCGGCCAGAAGAGAGAGGCGAGGGGGAUUCUGGAGGUGACUCCUGUGAGGCAGCUGGUCAGCCUGAAGUGGAACCUCUAUGGGAAACAUUAUUUCAGAUUGCUUCUGUUCCUGUACCUCCUGUACAUAGGGACCUUCACCCUCUGCUGUGUCUUCCGCCCUCUGAAGGACGCAGAGAGAAACUACACAGAUGAAGACCUGGACAAAACCGUCAGGGUCCAGAAGACGCUCAAUGAGAGUUACGUGACUUAUGGGGACAGUCUGCGGCUGGCUGGAGAGAUCAUCAGCGUCCUGGGAGCUAUACUCAUCCUGGUGCUGGAGAUUCCCGAUAUACUGAGAGUCGGGGCGAAGCGUUACUUCGGCCAGACGGCGCUGGGAGGACCCUUCCACGUCAUUCUAAUAAGCUACGCGUCCUUGGUGGUGCUGCUGUGUGUGUUCAGAGCUUGCGAGGUGCACGGGGAGGCCGAGGUGAUGGCACUGUGCCUGGUUCUUGGCUGGUGCAACGUCAUGUUCUUCGCUCGCGGGUUUGAAAUGCUCGGCCCUUACGUCAUCAUGAUCCAGAAGAUUAUAUUUGGAGACCUGACGAAGUUUAUGUGGCUAAGUUUCAUCGUGCUCAUCGGUUUUUCCACCUCCCUUUGGAUGGUCUACAUGACCCAGUAUCCAGGUUCCCUUCCUGCAUACACCUCCUUCCCCAUCACCCUCUUCUCCCAGUUUGAGCUCAGCGUGGGCCUGAUCGACCUGCCCGUGGAUCACUCCUUCAUCACACCCCCCAUCGUCCAUGUGCUGCACGUCAGCUUCUCUGUGGUCUCCUACAUCCUGCUGCUCAACUUGCUGAUCGCCAUGAUGAGCGACACACACUGGAGGGUGGCCCAGGAGCGAGACGAGCUUUGGAGGACUCAGGUUGUAGCCACGACGCUGAUGCUGGAGAGGAGGCUUCCCCGCUGCCUGUGGCCCCGGCUAGGCGUGUGCGGCCUCAGCUACGGCCUCAAGGAGCGCUGGUAUCUCAGGGUCGAAGACAGAAACGACCCAAUGAUGCAAAAGAUGCGCCGUUACGUCAAGGUCUUCUCUAGUCUGGAUGAAAAAGAGGGGCUCGAAAAGUCAGACUCAACGAAGGAAACCCCGGUGCUCCGACCCAAAGACAGGAGACACGGCAACAGCAAGGCACAGGCGGGGUGGGAGAUGAUCCGUCACAGCGCUUUAGGUUUGGAGAUGGAGCCGGAGGAGCCUGGGGAGAUCCAGGACAUCAGAUACGUUUAAAAACGAGACUGGACCCGAUCAUAACCAAAACUCUGAAGCAACCCCACGUGUCGCUGACUUGAAGACUCAUCUGUUUUGUGUUUUUCUUUGUAGUGAACUGUGCAAUUAUUCCUGCAGUAUUAUGCUAUAGAGAGGUGUGUUAUUUUUAUUGCAAGAAAUAUAUAUAUUUAUAUAUAUAUAUAUAUAAAUAUAAAUGUACGUAGCAGUACCAUAUGCAGAGUGAGAAUAGUAAUAAAAGACUCCACUUAUCUACAAGGUUGGUGAACAAUUUUAUAUGAUGACAAAAUCUUAUUAAAACAAAACUUACUGAC